AUGUAUUUUAUUUUAUAUUUAGUAAUUGGAUGUUUGUGGGGAUGUACUAAUGUAUAUAUGAAAAAGGGAUGCAAAGAUGAAAAAACAAAAAAAAAUAUUAUUAAAGAAAUUAUUUCUAUCUGUAAAAAUUUAAAUAUUAUUUUACCAUAUAUAUUAAAUCAAGUUGGCUCAUUAUUUUAUUAUUAUUUGUUAUCUAAAUCUGAUAUUUCCUUAGUUAUGCCACUGUCAAAUACAUCUUCUUUUUUUUUUACUUAUAUAACAGAAAGAAUAAUUUUUAAAAAAUCUAUUACAUUUAAAUCUGUUCUCGGUUUAGUAUUUGUUUGUUCAGGCUUAUUUAUAUGCGUAAAUUCCUAA